GCCCGGCCGGCGGUGGCGGCGGUGCCGCCCCGGCCGCCCCUGGCACCAUGUUCGUGGGCUCGCACCACCUCCCGCACCACAUCACCAACAGCAGCAUGACGGCCGACGAGGCGCUCGGCCUGGCCAUUGUCCUUGGCAGCAGCUUCAGCAUCGUCGGUGUCGUCUUCAGCUUCAUCACCUUUAGCCUUUUCUCGGACAUGCGGAACCUCUCUGGCAUCAACCUGGUCAACUUCUUGGCCGGGCUGUUUCUCGCCCAGCUGCUGUUCGUCAUCGGAGCGGAUGGGAUCAAGACGGUGGAGAUGUGCACGGCUCUGGGGCUGGGGCUCCACUACUGCCACCUGGCGGUCUUCAUUUGGCUGGCCAUCAUGCUGUACGAUGUGUACCGCCACUGCAAGAGCAGCGUCAACCUCACCCCCAACAACAACACCAACAUCAAGUCUGACUUUCUCUGGUUCUCGCUGGUCGGCUGGGGUAUUCCACUGCUGCUGGUCGGCCUGCGGCUGGCCAGUCCGCUGGCCGGCGCCGUCCAUCGGCCGGCCACCACCGCCGGCUGCUGGUGGGGCUGGCCGACCCCGCUGCUCUACACCUAUACGGUGCCCGUCUUCAUGGCAGUGCUGGCUGGCCUCGUCUGCCUCCUGAAGGCCGCCACCGUGGUGCGCUACGCCGUUUCCAUGCAGAUCGACCGCAAGGUCAAGGAGAAGAUGCGUCGCAAGCGCUUUUUGCAGCUCCUGCUGCACGGCAAGCUGCUGCUGCUGCUGACCCUGCUGGCUGUUCUGUCAACCAUCAGCAGUGCUGUCCACUCACAGAUGGCACGCGGAGCGUACGGCGUUUUGCACUCGCUGCUGGGCUUGGUCGUAACGCUCUGCCUCACGUGCAACUGCAAGGUGCUCCGCCUGUACGCCAAGACGUGGCGGCAGGGCCGGCACGUGGUCGCCGAGUACGGCACGUCCAGCUCAGCCCGCUCCUCCAGCAUGGAGGCGCUGACGCUGGACACGCCCGAGGUGGUCUGAGCGGGGUGCCGGAAGCGGACGCGGCCUUCGAUACCGGAAGCGAAGGGUCUGCUCGCCCUAUACGUAAAACGCGUUUGGGGGGAACGGCUAUCGCAUGACCAGCUGACCAUGCGUGGGGAUGCAAUGGCGAAUCCACGAUAAAGCGCGCCCUUGGUACUUGUGCCAUGGCCGUGACGAAGACAACUUGUGGCAUGCCAUCGUGUGGUCAUCAAACCUCAAAACAGGGAGCAGGAUUAUCAAACUUCAGGACAGGGAUCGCCAAAUAUCAGGAAGGGAGAGUCAGGGGCGCACGUGGGAAUUUCAUGAAGUGUGGGGGAGGCUAAAAGCGUCUACUGAAGCCCGAGUUUAACGCAUCACUCGCAUGCGCAAUUUCUUGCGUGUCGUAAAACGAAAUGGCAUGUUUUCGACCUUUGCAUUUUACUUGUCUGCUUGGAAUAUUUAUUUGUUAAUAUCUGGUGCCGUGCAUUUUAACCAAUGACAUAAAUUUGGUUAGAGGAAGAGGCACAUACCGCGGGGCACUUGUGGGCACGUGCCAGGUAUGGGCUUCGUACCCACACGCGCCUACAUGUGGGCACCAUGUGCACACGCCCUGUGGAGAUUGUGGAAGAGGAUGCUAGCCGCAGUCUUCAAGAUGCGAGGAAUUUUUCCGGGCUUUUCACUUAAAACCUGCUGGUCGAUGUGAAAAGAUUAAAAACACAACCAGCCAAAAUUUCAUUCAACACGCUGAUCAUUCAACCGGUUCUGCAGACGUCUCUGAAGUUCUUGGGGUGUUGCUGUACCAGCGUUUUCUAGCUAGCUGCCCCGGUCGGACAAGCUCGGUAGUCCUUGCGGUUGCCUCACUUUCUCGAUAAUCUUUUGGGUUUUGCAUUAUCCGACUACGCUGAUGCCCAGUCACAUUACGAAUAAGUGACCAAAUGCCGCGCGUUUCGUCACGUUGUAGAAAAAAGGCGCGUGUUGUAGUUUGACGUUGAGGAAUUCGUUUUAUCUGUUGAAAGCGGUGAAUGGUUGGAGGUGUUACACAUGUACAUACAUCCAUACAUCCGAUUUUUGCACACACAGAACCCUCAGGAAUCGAGGCAUGCACUGCACACUGAUCUCCAGGAGAAAAGCACAACACGACAGUAAUCCUCGGAGACGAUGGCCAAACUGGGCAUGCGUUGUCCCAGCGUCCUGAUCUGGAGACAGGACAAUCAGGCCAGUCCACCCGGCAAGCCAAAUCGCUUGUCGCCCGAGGCAAUAUUCACACGGUGAUGCGCAAAGGGUCGAGGGCUAUGAGAAGGCCACAUCCACGUAUUUGGGGUUGGGGUUGGUAUGUUCCGUGUUGGAUCAGUGCUGUCGUCGUACAUAUGCAUUUUUACACCAUUUCCAAUUAUUUUGUUGCAUUGAACUUAAGAGGCUGCCGCAGGCAGCGGGCACCCCCAUCCUCUGCAAACAGCGGUAAUACAGGAUAUUUCGUUCCCUUCGUCUCAUCUGCGCACGCCGUUUGAUGAAACUUUCAUAAAAUGUAAAGCAUUGUUACUGUUCUAUUUGAGAAAGACUGCGUUUUAUGUUCAUGCGUGGGAAUGUGUACAAAAAUAUGUGUGCAAUGUGAUCCGUGUUAAACGUCAGCGCCGACAGGGAACGUGAUCUAUCGUCAGGAAAAUCACGUAUUAAUGCCGCUCAUGCGGACAGUAAUGUGUGCGUUAAGGCAUUUAUUUCUACACAUGCAUUCAUUGCCGUCUCUCAUGUGAAUGAUCCAUAAAGAUUAUAAGCGAAAGACAAAAUCAUAUCAGCAUAGUCUAAUCAAAUUGUAGAAGGCUCUGUAACGGAGUCAUGUAUAUCUAAUAUGAGCGUGUCAUGGACGGAGCGUGACCGGGCAUGUGGGCUUACUGUAUUCGCCAGACUAUUGUGUAGACUGUGUAAUAUACUUGCAAUACAAGAAAG